AUGGAAUUCAAGUCCUAUUCCCGGCGUCUCGCAAAUGCCCUUACCAUCAGACGGUGGGAAUGUAUUGCUAUUACUUGUGGUAGCCUCUCCAUCAUAUUCCUCGCGAUUGCGAUGGCAGCAUCGGGCAAUAUCCCACCCACUGCACCAUGGUGGGAUGCCAGGCGAGUUCACGCCCAUUACUGGGCUCACCUGAAGGGUACCCAGGCCGCCAGUGUCUUCAUGAUAGUCUCCGGGGCUUUGUACGUCGUCUAUUCAGCAGCUCUCACACGUCAAAUUCGUAAAAUCCCCGAACUCGAUCCUAUAAUCGCCGACCUACAACUUGCGAGUGCAGCAGCAUCAUUCAGCGCCUUCAUGCUAGUUGCUGUUGCCAUGAGCCUGUUGACCUUCCGCGAUUACAGUCCGGAGUUGACACAACUCCUAAAUGACUUUUUGUGGAUGGCCUUUAUUUUAGCGUGGCCAAUAUUCUGGGUGCAGGGGUGGACAGUUGCGUGGGCGAUCUUCAGUGAUAAAAGACCCAACCCUGUGCUUCCUAGAAGCGUGGGUUUGAUCAAUCUUGCCGCCCCAAUUGUGUAUGCCCUCGGAAGCGGAGUCCACAUGCAUCAUACAGGCCCCAUGGCAUGGAAUGGUGGCCUUGUGUUUUGGCCAACCAUGGUAGUCUUUGGAUUCCAAAUCAACUUUGACCUCUGGUAUAUGUGGAAGAAUCUUCGAGAUAGUAGUCAUCUUCCCUAG